CAUAUCUUAGGAAGUUAGGAUCGAGUAUCUUAGGAGUAUAUAUGGCUACCAAACCAGGGAUCCUCACUGACUGGCCAUGGCAGUCUCUUGGUAGCUUCAAGUACGUGAUUUUGGCUCCAUGGGCGGUUCAUAGCACUUACUCGUUCAUGCUAAAGGGAGAAGACGUCGGCUACUUCCUUAUACUUCCAUUCCUUUUGUUGAGGAUGCUGCACAACCAGAUAUGGAUUUCACUAUCUCGUUACCUAACAGCCAAAGGCAAAAAUAGGAUUGUGGACAAAGGUAUCGAAUUUGAGCAGGUUGAUAGAGAAAGGAACUGGGAUGACCAGAUCUUGUUCAAUGGAGUGCUAUUCUACAUAGGCCAUAUGAUUCUUCCAGGGACUCAUAACCUGCCCUUCUGGAGAAGUGAUGGUGUGGUUAUGGCAAGUCUGCUUCAUGCGGGUCCAGUGGAGUUCCUCUACUACUGGCUUCACAGAGCAUUGCACCACCAUUACCUUUACUCUCGCUACCAUUCCCACCACCAUUCUUCCAUUGUUACUGAACCAAUUACCUCUGUGAUCCAUCCAUUUGCAGAACACAUAGCGUAUUUUAUAUUGUUCGCAAUACCAUUGUUGACAACAUCGUUCACGGGAACUGCCUCAAUUGCAUCCUUUCUCGGUUACGUCAUGUAUAUUGAUUUCAUGAACAACUUAGGUCAUUGCAAUCUCGAGCUCAUUCCAAAGUGGCUCUUCACCAUCUUUCCUCCGCUCAAGUACUUCAUGUAUACCCCCUCGUUUCAUUCACUACAUCACACCCAAUUCCGCACCAAUUAUUCACUUUUCAUGCCUAUAUACGAUUACAUGUAUGGGACCAUGGACAAGUCCUCGGAUGCUCUAUAUGAGGCUUCACUAAAAAGAGGCGAAGAGUCACUUAAUGUGGUACAUUUAACGCAUCUAACGACACCAGAAUCCAUUUAUCAUCUACGGCUAGGAUUUGCCUCCUUAGCCUCCAAGCCCCACAAGUCCAAAUGGUACUUGCUGUUGAUGUGGCCAGUGACACUACUAUGGUCUUUGAUUCUAACUUGGAACUAUGGCCGUACAUUUGUUCUAGAGAGCAUCACCUUCGGAAAACUCAAAUUGCAGUCUUGGGUGAUACCAAGAUACAAUAUACAAUAUAUGUUACAAUGGCGAAGGGAAUCUCUCAACAACUUGAUUGAAGAAGCUAUACUAGAUGCUGAAGUGAGAGGAGUUAAGGUGCUAAGUCUAGGUCUUCUAAAUCAGGGGGAGGAACUUAAUAAAAAUGGUGAGCUUUACAUCCAAAAGUACCCUCAGCUUAAAAUAAAGCUGGUGGAUGGAAGCAGCUUAGCAGUGGCUGUGGUGCUAAAUAAUAUUCCAAAAGGAACAACUCAAGUGUUUCUCAGGGGCAACCUUACUAAGGUUGCUUACGCAAUUACCAAUGCUUUAUGUGAAAGGGGUAUCCAGGUGGCAAUACAAUACAAGGAUGAGUAUGAGAAGCUUCAAUUAAGGCUCACCACAAAGUCGGAAAAUAACUUGAUCCUUUCAGCAGGUUAUGCUGAUCAGAAGACAUGGUUAGUGGGAGAUGGAUGGAACGAAGACGAACAACUGAAGGCAUCAAAAGGAACAUUAUUCAUUCCUUUUUCUCAAUUCCCACCAAAGAAAAUACGGAAAGAUUGCUUCUUCUACAGCACACCAGCAAUGAUCACUCCCACAUCUUUCAUCAACAUGCACUCUUGUGAGAAUUGGCUGCCAAGGAAAGUGAUGAGUGCUUGGCGUGUUGCUGGGAUAUUGCAUGCCUUAGAAGGGUGGAAUGUCAACGAGUGUGGGAACACUUUGUUAAACAUUGAGGAUGUAUGGAAAGCAAGUCUUCGACAUGGGUUCCGUUCUUUUAUGGUGCCCGUUUGAUCGUUCUUUAGCUUACUUUUAUACUUUAUAUUCAUAUGUAGAACAUAUAUAUAUAUAUGUGUGUGUGUGUGUGUAGAACAUAUAUAAAUAUAUGUGUGUGUGUGUGUAUGUGCGCGCGCGCGCGCACGCCUGCCUAUUUUUAUAUUCUCUCCAAAUAAAAUGUAGCUACAUAUCUCAUGUAAUUUGAUGCAUGUAGUUCUAUUGAAGAAGAAAAAGGACGUUUACACAAAAA